AACACAUCAGAGUGCGUAAACCAAUAUAACUUGUAACAUCUUGUGGGAAAAAAUCAUCUAUAAUGGUUUUGAAGCUUCUUCUGUUAGCCACUUUGAUGGUAGUAGCAAGUGCUGCUUCUAGACGGGACGUUCUUCAGCCAAUAACUACCGAAUCGACCCCACAAAUAAGCGAUAACCUUCAGCAGCAAGAUCAAGACAAUCGGAACCCGGACCCAAACUACACGUACAGCUACGUCAUCCGGGAUGAUUCCAGUGGUGACUGGAAGAGUCAGCACGAGUCCCGACAGGGAGAUCAAGUCCGAGGCCAGUACCGAUUGAGAGAGUCCGACGGAACGGAACGCAUCGUCGAUUACACCGCUGAUGAUCGCAAUGGGUUCAACGCUGUGGUUCGUCAUCAGCCGGACUGGCGCCAGCAUCCGGUGCCGGUAAUAGUGGCGAUACGGACUGUGCAAUUGCAACCGGAUACAGUCCUAUCAGACAACAUACAGACCGGAAUUCGCCGUCAGGAAGCUCCCACGAGUAUGCAAAUAAUUCAACAUUACGUCCCACAGGCGUGGAAGAUUUCCAAUCGAGUUCGACAUAAUUCGUGAUUAGGUAAUGGAGCGGCGAUUCAACAGGACAACGGUACAUAAAUCGAUGCGAUAAUUAUAAAAAUGAUAAUUGAAUAAACCGAGAAUGCAUUGCGAUGUUCA